AUGUCGACAAAGUCAUAUGACUCAGAUGAUAUUUCCGACAAUUAUGGUGGCUAUAAGAAACAUAGUGCAGGGGAAGACCAUACGACCGUUGCAUGGACAGCGCAUCGUAAACAUUUCUUUAUUCUAAGCAGUGCAGGCAAACCAAUUUAUGCACGAUAUGGGGACGAGUCAAGGAUAUCGAGCUACAUGGGCGUGAUCCAAGCCUUGAUCAGCUUCUUUGCCGAUAAUGAUGAUUCGAUCCGGUGCAUCAAUGCUGGGCAACACCGAUUUGUCUUUUUACUUAAACCGCCUUUAUAUCUCGUAUGUGUUUCCCGAUCAGGGGAAUCCGAGACACAGCUAAGGGAUCAGCUCAAUUAUCUCUAUGCACAAAUUAUCAGUGUUUUAACACAUUCACAAAUGACACGAAUUUUUGAACAGCGCAACAACUUUGAUCUAAGGGGACUCAUCGGUGGAACUGAGAUUUUUCUGGAUAGUCUCGGCAAAUUAAUGAAUAGCUAUCCAGGAUUCAUGCUCGGAGCCAUUCAAUGUCUAACUAUGCCUAAAGCUCUGCGUGAUAAAGUAGGCACAGUCCUUGGACGAGCCAAAUGCAAACCAUUACUGUAUGCCAUCCUAUUGACUCCUACGCAGCUGAUCACAUUGCUGCGUCCACGGACACAUUCGAUGCAUCCUGCAGACCUUCAUUUGAUUUUCAACCUGCUUUCAGGAUCAACAACGUUUGAAAGUUCUGAAUCCUGGACUCCGAUCUGCUUACCUAAAUUUAACAACAAGAGCUUUCUACAUGCUUAUAUCUGCUACAUUGCCAAACGAGUCUGUAUGCUCUUGAUCUCACCGGACAAGGACAGCUUCUUUGAGAUGUCAAGUGUGAAACAAAAGGUCGUUGAGGGUCUCGAGGCUGGCGGCAUGUUGGCUUCUUUAGAGAGUUAUGCAGCAGCAGGAUCUAGAGGCGAUACGGGUAUCCCAGGAUUGCGCCAUUUUCUGUACAAGUCUCGAACAAAUGUCCAAUUCACAAUGCCUGAAUUGACAGAUGCUUAUAGCAGCUUGAGUGCUAAAAAGCGCCUUCUCCGGCAAUAUCAGCAUAUGCAUGAGAGAAUGCACAGGAAAACGCGCCCACUAAAGCUGCUGUAUCACGUGGGGGAAAAUGAAACCAUGCUUGGCUGGAUCACAAAUAGUUUCGAGCUCUAUGCCGCAUUCGGCCCUCUCGUCUCCAAGAGUGCAGUGGUCCUCAUGUCCAAUAAGCUUCUCAAAUGGAUACGGAAACAGGAAGAUAGUCUAUUAAUCCUAAACUCUCCCAGCUUUGAAAAGUUCAAAUAG